AUGGCAUCACAAUCAAUGUCUCUACGGGACCGCCAGGUCGCGUCUAUUCAAAAGAUCCUCAACCUGAACCAGGAUCCGCCUGCCAACGAAGAUAACCCCCACGAUACGUCCGCUCUCACUCACGCAACUCCGAUACUCAACCAAGAUGGCGAUCCGAUUUGGAAAGUGCUGGUUUUCGAUAACAUGGGAAGAGAUGUUAUCAGCAGUGUGCUCCGGGUUAACGACUUGAGAACAUGGGGGGUGACCAUUCAUUUGAACUUGACCUCUGCACGAUACCCUAUUCCCGAUGUCCCCGUCAUCUACCUCGUCGAACCAACUCCUGACAAUAUCAAAACGAUCACUGACGACCUGUCACGCGGACUGUAUACUCCUGCAUAUGUCAACUUCCUAUCAUCCGUUCCCCGACCAUUACUGGAGGAUUUCGCGGGCGAGAUAGCUACAACCGGGACGGCGGAACAUAUUGCCCAGGUCUUCGAUCAAUAUUUGAACUUUAUCGUUGCGGAGCCGGAUCUCUUCAGUUUGGGUCUGGGAAAUGAUGCCUACUGGAAGAUCAACAGCCCGCAAACGAGCGAUGAGGACCUGGACGGUGUCGUUGACAAGAUCGUUAGCGGAUUGUUUAGCGUGAGCGUCACGAUGGGCGCAAUUCCUAUCAUUCGGUGCCCCAAAGGUGGAGCUGCGGAGUUGAUUGCGACAAAAUUGGACCGAAAGCUGCGCGACCAUAUCCUGAAUUCUAAAGACAACCUCUUCUCUGGUCAGAAGAAAGGCGCAGCUGGCGUCCCUUCGUCCCGCCCCGUUCUCGUCAUCGUCGACCGCAAUGUGGAUCUGGUACCGAUGCUCUCUCACUCGUGGACGUACCAAUCACUGGUGCAAGAUGUCCUCCAGAUGCGACUCAACCGGAUUACAAUGGAGGUAGAAGACGACGCAAAUCCCGGCAGAGUAACAAAGAAAUCGUACGAUCUGACCAGCAACGACUUCUUCUGGAAGCGCAAUGCUGGAGCCCCGUUCCCACAAGUGGCCGAGAAUAUCGAUGCGGAGUUGACGCGAUACAAGGAGGAAGCCAAUGAUAUCACGAAGAAGACAGGCGCUUCUUCAAUUGAAGACCUCCAGAACGACACUAGCGCUUCUGCACAGCAUCUCAAAGCAGCCAUCACCCUACUUCCAGAACUGCGGGAGCGCAAAGCUAUCCUAGACAUGCAUAUGAAUAUUGCAACUUCUUUGUUGAAGGGUAUCAAGGACCGCCAACUCGAUAACUUUUUCGAACUCGAAGAGAACGCUACGAAACAAACCAAGGCCCAAAUUUUGGAGUUGAUCAAUGACCCUGCCAAGGGCAAUGAACCAUCAGAUAAGCUUCGUCUCUUUAUCAUCUGGUUCUUGAGUACGGAGACUGAACUGUCGCGAUCCGACAUGAGCCAAUUUGAGGAGGCUCUCACCAAGGCAGGAGUCGACGAUGUUAGCUCUCUCGCCUAUGUUCGACAGGUCCGUGAAAUCACUCGCAUGACCAUGAUGACGACCGCUGCGCCGCAGGAACAGUCGUCGGAUCUGUUCAAGGGAUUCUCCUCGCUAUCGAACCGGCUCACGGAUCGGUUCACGUCCGGAGCCUUGGGCGCCAAUUUCGACUCCCUCAUUUCCGGUGUCAAGAACUUCCUCCCUGCCAACAAGGAUUUGACUCUGACCAAGAUCACCGAGUCAAUCAUGGACCCGACAGCCGCUUCUAGUUCCGCCAUUGCGAAGACUGAAAACUACCUCUACUUCGACCCCCGCAGCGCCAACGCUCGUGGCGCCAUGCCUCCCGCAUCUGCAUCUCGCACACAACCCCCCGGCACCAUGGGCGCCCCCGGCCCCGGAACAGGCGCCAGCUUCGGACAACGCCGCCAAGCAUUCAACGAGGCCAUCGUCUUCACAGUGGGUGGUGGCAGCAUGGACGAAUACGGAAACUUGCAGGAAUGGGUCUAUCAACACAAUCACCCUGGCGGUGAUGCUUCAGCUGCUGGCGGCCGAGCGGCAGGGUCGCUUAAUGCGCCUAGGAGGCGCGUGGUAUACGGCAGUACGGAUCUCAUGAAUGCCAAUGAGUUCAUUGCGGAGUCCUUGGGCAGACUGGGAAAGGAGAGCUAA